CUCAGCUUCGGCCUCUUCACUUCACUCCGAUCCGUGGGAAUUCCGUUUUAGUACCCGUAUCGUUACGUCCAUAUUAUCGCACCUUUUAUUUUGAUAACUGCUUCUGCAACGGAACUGCAAUAUUGCAGUAAACAAACCACUGACGACGUCUUAAAAAGAAUAAGCCUGUCCGUUUGCGUAAUCAAAAUGUUGAAGCUAACAUUCAUUUGCCUCUUCUUGGAAAUGUUGCCAAAAUCAUCAGCGGGCCAAUUUUACUUCCCCAAUGAGGCGGCCCAGGUGCCCAACUAUGGGCGCUGCAUAACGCCCAACCGAGAGCGGGCUCUGUGCAUCCACCUGGAGGACUGUAAGUACCUGUACGGUCUCCUGACCACCUCCCCGCUGCGGGACACGGACCGGCUCUACCUGAGCCGCAGCCAGUGCGGCUACACGAAUGGCAAAGUGCUGAUCUGCUGCCCAGAUCGAUACCGGGAGAGCUCCUCGGAGACUUCGACGUCGGCUAGACCCAACGUGACCAGUUCGAGCCUGCUGCCGCUGCCAGGACAAUGCGGCAACAUCCUGUCCAAUCGCAUAUAUGGCGGUAUGAAGACCAAGAUCGACGAAUUCCCCUGGAUGGCUCUAAUUGAAUACACCAAGGCCCAGGGAAAAAAGGGUCAUCACUGCGGCGGCUCAUUAAUUAGCACACGGUAUGUGGUGACAGCCUCCCACUGCGUCAAUGGAAAGGCGCUGCCCAGCGACUGGAGGCUGACUGGAGUCCGUUUGGGCGAGUGGGACACCGCCACCAAUCCAGACUGCGAGGUGGAUGUUCGCGGCAUGAAGGACUGUGCUCCAGCGCAUCUGGACGUGCCCGUGGAGCGCAGUGUGCCGCAUCCCGCCUAUAUACCGGCAUCCAAGAACCAGGUGAACGACAUCGCCCUGCUGCGUCUCGGUCAGCAAGUGGAGUACACCGAUUUUGUGCGUCCCAUUUGCCUACCCCUGGACGCAAAUCUGCGGGCGGCCACCUUCGACGGCAUCACCAUGGACGUGGCCGGAUGGGGCAAAACAGAGCAGCUAUCGGCGAGCAACCUUAAGCUCAAGGCGGCCGUGGAGGGAUUCCGAAUGGAUGAGUGCCAGAACGUCUACAGUAGUCAGGAGAUCCUGCUCGAGGAGACGCAGAUGUGUGCGGGCGGCAAGGAGGGUGUCGACUCCUGUCGCGGUGACUCCGGGGGCCCGCUCAUCGGCCUGGACACGAACAAAGUGAACACCUACUACUUUCUGGCGGGCGUGGUGUCCUUUGGCCCAACACCCUGUGGCUUGGCCGGAUGGCCAGGCGUCUACACUCUGGUGGGGAAGUAUGUUGACUGGAUCGAAAACACUAUUGAGGCCUGAGAGCUGUGGAAUAAAAACUUUUGCUCUUGUAAAAAAUUCGACUUAUGAAAUCUUUUUAAAAGUGAUUUGAAAUGUAAAAUAGCCUUUUCAAGAUAUUUAUUGAUAGAAAUGAUUUUGCUAUAAUGAAUAUAAUUUUUGCUUUAACUAUUAUUGCCAAUACUUAAAAUUUAAAAAUUCUUAUAAACAACAUACAAGUUACAACACUUAAUGUAAAUCCCCAAUCCCUUGUCCAGACUUUAAUUCGGCAAUUUUUUAGACAUAGUUGCACUUUAAGCAGUAACGUUAUAAUUUAAAAAGUAAAAAUGAAAUUUUUUUUGUUCUGUUUUUUUAAAUAAAUUUUAAAAAAGCUCUUAUUUUAAUUUAUAAAUUACAAAUAAAAGUUAUUUUAUGGUUUUUAUUCAAAGAAUUACUGUUAUUCUCUGAUUUUGUUUUAGAAGUCGAAUGUUAAUGAUUUUUAUUAUUAAAAAUAACUGAUUUUAA